AUUCGCGUGCGUCUCCCUGCGGGGGAGUCGGUGCCGGGAGGGGUGUUGUUGUGCACAAGUGAGUCGGUGCGGAGCGGACAGGACAGCGGACCGAGACCCGGCCGCUGCUAAGGUUACACUCAUUGUGGAGACGCGGCUGACGCGGCGCCGUCGCUGUCCUGUUGUGUCGCCGUCCUCAGUCACCCAGCGGCCAGCGCCCGCCGAGGGCCGCGGGCCUCCAGCGUGCUGCCCGACGCCGCCGACUGGGCCCCGCCCCCGCCGCCAUGGCGACAUGAGGAGCUCGCCGCGCGGCGGGGCUGGCAGGGCUGGCAGGGCUGGCAGGGCCUUCCCCCGGGCCUGCCCCCCGGCCGCGCCCUCGCCGUACACGGCCCACGACCCCCUGCAGCGCAAGGUGCAGCGCAUCCUCGCCGAGCUCCGCCGCCUGCACGUCGUCCUGCUCAACCAGACCCACGCGCUCAAGCAAGCCGUGGGGCCGAGCUCGGGGGCUGCUCCGGGGCUGGCCGCCGCCGCCGAGCAGCUCAUGUGGAGCCUGGAGAGGUCGCUCUGCUGCGAGCUGCAGCGGCUUCGGCUCGCCGUCGAUCAGCUCCAGGCGGAACUGCAAGGGCGGGGCAGACCUUCCAGGAGGGAGCGCGGCGCUGCGCGGAUGGACUCUGUUCCAGCUACGCUAGUUGAGCAGCACUACACUGGAAACAAGUCUCGAAAUGCUGUCGUUAGACAGGAUGUUCCCCUUGCAAAGAGUGAGCAGCAGAGGGAAGAGGAGGAGGCAUUGGCAAAAUACCACCAAAGUGUCCUAGAACAGGAGCAAUAUGAUGCACAGGUAGCCCGACAGUUAGCUGCUCGCCUGGAAAGAGAAGAACAACUGCGUAAAAUGCAACGCGAACAGCAAGAUGGAGAGAUAGCCAGGCAGAUUCAGGUUCGCCCAGGACAAGUGGCUGUGGCUGUGUCUAACACGCGUGUGGAACGAGAGAAAAUAAAGCUUGACAAGGAGAGGAGGGAACGUGAGCGAUUGGAUCUGGAAUUUGCUUACCAGCAUCAAAAGCAGCAGCAGCAUCAUGUGCACCCUCAGCAUUGGCAAAUGCCUCCUCCAAGCCGAUCACCAGCUCAGUUACCUCCACACUCUCCUCAGUCCCCUAAGUCACCCCAAGCGCAACUCCUGCCUCCAAGACAACCAAGGCAAGCAUCCAGCGCAAGCCCUCUGUACAACCCUCCUCCUCCUGUCUCAAAUGUACGAGCUUACCCUAAGCCUGGCACAAGUCCUGUAGCAGGUGCUUCUUCCUCAUCUGGAGCUGCUUUGCUGUCGGACCAGCCCUAUGGGCAUGUUGCAGGCGCGGGGCAGGACGUUGCUGGCGCGGUGUUUGCUGGUCAUCUCCAUUCCCACACGCCCCCGCGAGCCGUCCGGCAAUCGCACGGGGCACAAGGCCAUGGAGACUACAACUCUAUUGGUCUACCUGCAAUCUCUGCUUCUCCAGCACCAGAGGACGUCGCACAACAAAUUAGACAGAUGAAUCUUUCCCGGCACACGCCAUCUCAACAAUUGUGUGAUGAAUUCCCUUCUCCAGAGGAUAUUUUUGAGGAGGAGGCACGUCGUCUACAGGAGGAAAAAGAUGCUGAAUUAGCAAGACAGCUUCAAGAGCAGGAAGAACGUGAAGGUGCGGAAGGUAUAGAUAGAGAUAGAUUACUUGCAAUGGAAGCUCAAGAUCAAGAACUUGCUCGCAUGCUUCAGGAAAAAGAAAAGGCAAAACUUAAGAGGGCAAGGGAACGUGCCAAGCAGAAAGCUCUUCUCAAAAAGCAACAGGAGCAGCAACCAACGGACGGAGCAGGGCCAUCUGGGUGUGGGCCUGGGCCUGGGCCCUCUGGGUCUGGCACCUCCUCCCCUUUGUCACCCAACUAUUCUCAAAUUGCUACCGAGGAUGAAGAAGGAUGUUACAGCUUGCCACAUCAGCCGUCACCAGUACCACCAGCUUCCCACCCUGGUUCACCAGGAAAUAGUGAACUAUCUAACAAGGCUGGUCAAGCCAAAGGGCGCCGAAGGUUCCCUGACCCUGAGGCAAUUGAGGAACUCCCAUCCCCAACUGUCACACCUCCUGGCUCCAUCAGUGGCUUUGGCCCAAGUGACGCCCUUCGCAAUAUUGCCGUAGUUAUUGACCCCACCUACCCUAGGCGAUCACCACCCAAUGCUGCAGAUGUGAGAACUUCACCUGUGACUACCAGUAGUCAGCUCGAUUAUGUGGAAGAUAACUGUGGUAGCCCCGCACCUCCUUAUAUGCCAAUACAAGGACAGAGAAGAACUGCCUCUCUAGAGAAAAAAUCAAAGAAAAAGACUUCAAAAGAUGGAUGCAAGCAACAGUAAAUUAUACUGCGGAACUGAGAUCAAAAUCCAUAGAUUCAUGAAGAUAGUCCUUUUAAUUGUUUAAGACAUUGCUUUAAAAUAUCUCUACUUAAAAAGAAAAUAAUGAAACAAUCACUGCCAUAUAUCAGGUCAACUGACAAAGUGAAAAGAAUUCAUUCCAUCCAUCUGAUAAUUCUAGUCAAAGUUGUACUCAUUCAAUGAAGUACAUCUAAAUAUAAGGGUGUUUGUUUAUUGCCAGAUUUUGUUACACUCCUUUAUUUAAAAAGGAAAAUUUGUCAGAUAUUUAUUCCAUGUUUUUAUAUUUUUAACUCUUCUUUAACCUGAAUUUUGCAAUCCAUCUAUAGAUUACAUCUUCCGAUAGUUGGGUUGUCACUGACAAGGUAUAAUUCAAGCAAAACUUCCCUUGUUCCAAGUUGGUAUUUUUUGUUUGUUUUGUUUUUAUCUUCCUAACAAUAAACCAUUAUUGCUGUAUUAGCUAUAUAAACAGAUUGUAUUUAAACUUACGACAUUGCACUCUGCAUUGUUAAUUGUCCAUCUAUUCUCAUAACAUAUACUGUAUUCUAAUGGUAAUUCCGUCCAUUUCACUUUGCCUACUUAUGUAUGGGGACCAGUAUUAUUGAUCAUAGACUACUAUCAUGUUGAUAUAUUGUGACUUUCAAUAUCCUAAUAAUACUUCAUUAUCAAGGAAACCUUAAUAUAAUAUUUUAAAAAAAUGAAGUACAUUACUUCAAAUGUAUUACAUAUUUCCGUAUAAGGUCCUUACCCCCCGUGAGCAGCACCUACUCUAUUCUGGGAUUUACGGAUAGUUAGUUUACUACACAAUGGUGUACUUAACCUACUGCUCUCAGAUCUAUCAUUAUAGUGAGCAGAUCUGAAAUUUGAAUAUCAUUAUUAUUAUAAGACGGGACUAGUGAUACUUUUUAAAUAAAAAGAAAGUUUGUUUAAUUUUCUAGUCGAAGGUUUAGGUACGUAACUGCUACACAUAUCUCUUACUACAGGGGUACUAUCUUAUUAUUUUUGAUAUAUUCUCUUGUAUUUUAAAGAAAUGGGCACCUUUUUUAUUGGUAUCAAAAAUGUUACCCACUCUGAUUUAAUAAAUAAAGUGUUUAUAUCUGGAAAAAUCA